GGUGCAGUUGUGGAAGACACAAAGGCAGAGCAUGAAGAUGAGGAGUUGCACGAUGACAAUAAUGUCAAAGAGCAUGAGCAGUCGACAGGAGAUGCUACACAGGCAGCUGAAGCCCAAGUGAUCGAGCAAGUCCCGGAGGCGUCUGUCGAUCAGAAACGGGAGAUUUGUGAAGAAAAACCGGCGGUUCAGGAGGAGAAACCAGAAAAAGGUAGGCUUUAUAUCGAAAAGACUUUAUAUGCUUGUACCAACCUCACGUUGACUUACCAAAAUCGCAUUUUUGUGUUAUAUCUUUGA